CCCUCCGACCGGUCGGUAAAAGUACAGCCGAACAGUUCGGUGACGACGGAACAGCCAAUGAACAUAACUGGUACGUCGUGACGCAACAGGGCCCCGUUGAUAAGGAGCGGAGAGUCCAACCGGGACCUGAGAAGGAGGAACGGUGGUUUUGGGGGGCCAGCAAACACUCGCCUAUCAUCAGUCAACGUAAAGCCAACUCCUCCUCCUCUGCUGUUACGCACAUGUAUGCAGCCUCCUUCGCAAAAGACAAAACAUUAACUAAACAGACUACUGUGAAGGGAAAACUGCCUCUCCCGGAAGGCCGGCGGGAUUUUAUACAGCCAAGAGUAUUUUCUUUUUUCAUUCUUUAUUUUUCUAUUUCCUCUGCAGAGCACAAGUAGUGUGAGCGACAGAAAUCAGCUGCUGUAAGCAUCAACUUGGACUGUUGAAGCUGGAGAGGGGAGGAAGCCUUCCUCCCAGGCUUUUCUGGACAUAUCUCUUUCUUUUUUUCUUUCUUUUUUUUUUUUGGUUUAUUGUGACUGUGUGACGCAGCACAAGACUGCUGCCCCGCGUUCGCAGUGCCAGUUUUAAACACUUACUUGUUGUUCUGCACUAAAGGGGAGAGAUUUGCCAAUGCCUCGCAGACUGUCGAAAUCCUGAAAUAUUACUCCCGGCGAGGAGGAGGCAUCGGUACUGAGACCCAUGCAGCGGGGCUUCCAUAGUUGGUAUGUUUAUUCACCGUAAAUGGAAAAGAAAAAUAUAGAGCGAGUAAUUGGUAACAAAUAGAUAAUAUCAUACCUGAGAGGGGGAAAAAAAAUAGAUUCCCGAAAGAGAAGCGGAAUCUGUGCUGUUAUUUAUGAAUUAAUCAUAGCUUAUUAAUAAUGAGAGCUGCAGAGAUUCGGAUGACGGUUUCCAUUGGCAGAUGAGACGUAGUGUGGAGAACACGUGUCCAAUUUUUCCCACAUAUUUUUUCCUCCCUGAUCUGGAUUUCUCACUUGUCACGGCAAGAAAGGAAAACCUCAAAAAAAAAAAAAAAAAAAAAGCGAGUGGCAUUCUGAGUGGCAUAAAUUUGCGCACGGCUUUUGCCUCUGAUGGACAUCUUGGCUUGCAGAUCCGAAGAGAACAGUUAUAAUAUCCUACCGUCUGCGGCAACGAUGCUUUUCCAUGGCCUCCCUGGAGGCGACGUGCACGGUGUGGUGGAAGAAAUGGACCGGAGAGGAAAGAGCGAGUCAGCAGCCAUCAGCUCAGCCAUCGAUAUGGGGGAAUCAGAGACGUCCAUGCCGUGUAUGACCAGCGAGCGCGUGGCUCUGUGCGCCGGCUGCGGCAGGAAGAUCGCGGACAGAUACUACCUGCUGGCCGUGGACAAACAGUGGCACAUGCGCUGCCUCAAGUGCUGCGAGUGCAAACUCAACCUGGAGUCUGAGCUCACCUGCUUCAGCAAGGACGGGAGCAUCUACUGCAAGGAGGACUACUACAGAAGAUUUUCGGUGCAGAGAUGCGCUCGGUGCCAUCUGGGGAUCUCAGCCUCGGAGAUGGUGAUGCGGGCCCGGGACCUGGUCUACCACCUCAACUGCUUCACCUGCACCACCUGCAGCAAGAUGCUCACCACCGGGGACCACUUUGGCAUGAAGGACAGCCUGGUGUACUGCCGGCUGCACUUUGAGACUCUCAUCCAGGGAGAAUAUCAGACACAUUUUAACCACGCGGACGUUGUCCCGCACAAAGGCCUGGGCCCGGCCAACACGCUCGGACUAUCUUACUUCAACGGCGUGGGGACAGUGCAGAAAGGCCGGCCCAGGAAGAGGAAAAGCCCCGGGCCAGGAGCCGAGCUGGCGGCUUAUAACGCAGCGCUCAGCUGUAAUGAGAACGACGGCGAGUCCAUGGACCGAGACUCCCAGUACAGCUCCAGUCAGAAGACGAAGCGCAUGCGGACAUCCUUCAAGCACCACCAGCUGAGGACCAUGAAGUCCUACUUCGCCAUCAACCACAACCCAGACGCCAAGGACCUCAAGCAGCUCGCCCAGAAGACCGGCCUCACUAAGCGGGUCUUACAGGUCUGGUUCCAAAAUGCUCGGGCUAAGUUCAGGAGGAACCUGCUGCGACAGGAAAGCACCGGGGUGGACAAGGCCUCUGACGGCUCCACGCUGCAAGGUGGUACACCGUCGGGCCCAGCCUCGGAGAUCUCCAACGCCUCCAUGAGCCCCUCCAGCACCCCCACUACCCUGACAGACUUGACCAACCCCACCAUGCCCACCGUCACCUCCGUGCUUACCUCAGUGCCAGGCGGCAUGGACGUCCACGAGUGCCGGAGCCCAUCACAGACCACGCUGACUAGCCUCUUCUGAUGGACAGAACCCUUCACCUCAGCCUCAUCCCCAGCCCCUUCCCCCUCAUCUCUGCUCCACCAUGCUGGAUCUAAAACUGAGCACUGUUGACUCCUUGGAACAUAAGACGGAUUAGUAAAGAGAAGGUAACGGAAACAUAAAGAUAAGAAAUUAAUCUCGCUCUGAGCCCAUUAGAGACUAUUUGCAUAGUGAGGCGGCCAAGCCUUACAGAUGGAAGUUGUUGUUAUUUUGAUGUUGUCUUGUUGAGAACUGAGGAGACUUGAUUUGCAUUUUUCAAUGUUUACAGAAAGAGACUGCGGGGAAAAAAACUGCUUAAUUUUUUGAUUUUUUUUUUUUUCCAGCACAGUAUUUAUGUUGUUGUACAAGAGUCACUGUUAGAAGGAUUGUAAAAAAAUCUUUUUUUGAAAAUCUGAGAUUAAACACAGGUUACAAUAUCCUCUGACUGCCAUGUGCCUUACAGUCCAUUUUAUCUAAACUGCUGUUGUUAGAAAUAGAAUUGACCAUGGUCAGACAAACUGUUUGUUUCAGACGCGAGCUUAGGGAUAAUGACCUCUAUUGCGUGUGCAUGUGUGGGUGUGUGUGUGUGUAUAGAAUUAUGGCAAACUAAUUACUCUUUUCAACAUGUCAUUAAUCUUAACAUUUUUUUACCUAGUAGAACACUGACUUUGUCAAGAACAGGAUUUUAACUGAGCUAAAACCUAAUGUGAAAUGUUGAAGCAGUAGCAAUUCACAC